UCCCUUUCUGCUCUUUGCCUAUUCCCUCUCUCUUCAGGCGAGCAGAGCAGAGCAGAGCGGGACUGAGCGAGAGGGAGGACAGAGACGCAGACGUGCGCAGACCAGAGCCACGGCAACUCCACAAAGACGAGAGAGGAGAAGAGUUUGCAAAGGAGAAAAAUAACAAGGAAAAAAAAAAGAAAAAAGCUUUUUUUGGGGGGGGUCCUUUUUUUUUUUACAUCAGCAAAAAACUGUGGUGGAUAUCAGACCUACAACCAAAAGAAAAAAAAGGAUUUGCUUUGCUUCACAGCUGAAAGGAAAACAUAUUAGCAUUUUGUUAUAGUUUUCUAUUUAUAUUCACCACAAAUAUAUAGAAUUAUUCUAGAGGACUUGCGAGGUGCAGCAGGACUCUUGGGAGACAAAGGCGGACAGAGACAGAAGUUGAGAAGAAGUAGAAGAAGAAGAAGAAGAAGAAGCUGGCUGCAGUGGUGGUGAAUAUGCCCGUUAGAGGUAGCUGUUCUGGUGCAGGCAUGGGCAGGCUGGCCGGGCAGCCACUCUGGAUGUGGGUGGUGAUGCUCUCUGCUCUGCUCAUGGGCAAUGCCAGCGCCUGCCCAGCCUUGUGUACCUGCAGUGGCACCACAGUGGACUGCCACGGACUGGGUCUCAGAACCAUGCCAAGGAAUAUCCCCCGCAACACUGAGAGACUGGAGCUGAAUGGGAAUAACCUCACACGCAUCACCAAGAGUGACUUCGCCGGACUCAAGUACAUCCGAGUUCUGCAGCUGAUGGAGAAUCAGAUUACCGUGAUCGAGCGCGGGGCUUUUGAUGACAUGAAGGAGCUGGAGAGACUGCGGCUGAACCGUAAUCAACUGCAGCAGCUUCCUGAGUUGCUGUUUCAGAAGAACCCUGCCCUGUCUCGACUAGAUCUGAGCGAGAACUUCAUCCAGUCCAUCCCCAGGAAAGCCUUCAGAGGAGCUACAGACAUCAAAAACCUGCAGCUGGAUAAAAACCACAUCGGCUGCAUCGAGGACGGAGCCUUCAGAGCUCUGCGAGGCUUGGAAGUGCUAACGCUGAACAACAACAACAUCAGCAGCAUCCCCGUCUCCAGCUUCAACCACAUGCCCAAACUACGAACCUUCCGUCUCCACUCCAACAAUCUGAACUGCGACUGUCACCUGGCCUGGCUGGCCCAGUGGCUCAGACAGAGGCCCACGAUUGGGUUGUUCACCCAGUGUACUUCCCCUACCGAGCUCAGAGGACUGAAUGUGGCAGAGGUGCAGAAACACGAGUUCAGCUGCUCAGGUCACCAGGAGUCGCCCGGUCUGCAGCCAUGCAGCAUCGGCGGAGGCGCCUGCCCGGCCAUGUGCACCUGCAGUAACAACAUUGUGGACUGUAGAGGGAAAGGUCUCACCGCCAUCCCGGCCAACCUGCCAGACAGCAUGGCCGAGAUACGUCUGGAGCAGAAUGGGAUUAAGUCUGUUCCUCCCGGAGCCUUCUCUCCAUACAAGAAGCUGCGUAGGAUAGACCUGAGCAACAACCAGAUUUCAGAGAUCGCUCCUGAUGCCUUCCAGGGCCUGCGCUCCCUCAACUCCCUCGUGCUGUAUGGAAAUAAGAUCACCGACCUGCCCAAGGGGGUGUUUGACGGCCUCUACGCCCUGCAACUGCUGUUGCUGAAUGCCAAUAAGAUUCACUGCGUUCGUGCCAACGCCUUCCAGGACCUGCAGAAUCUUUCACUGCUAUCACUCUACGACAACAAGAUCCAAACCCUCGCCAAGGGCACCUUCACUUCACUACGAGCAAUACAGACCCUUCACCUGGCCCAGAACCCAUUUAUUUGUGACUGUAAUCUGAAGUGGCUGGCAGACUACCUGCGCUCCAACCCCAUCGAGACCAGCGGCGCCCGCUGUGCCAGUCCCCGCCGCCUUGCCAACAAGCGCAUCGGACAGAUCAAGAGCAAGAAGUUCCGCUGCUCCGCCAAAGAGCAGUACUUCAUCCCAGGUACAGAGGACACCCGUCUGAAUAAUGCCUGCAACAGUGAUCCCGUGUGCCCUCCAAAGUGCCGCUGCGAGUCCAACGUGGUGGACUGCUCCAACCUGAAGCUCACCAAGAUCCCCGAGCACAUCCCGGCAUCCACCAGCGAACUACGCCUUAACAACAAUGACAUCACGACUCUGGAGGCAACUGGAGUUUUUAAGAGCCUUUCCCAGCUGAAGAAAAUAAACCUCAGCAACAACAAGAUCACAGAGAUUGAGGACGGGGCAUUUGAAGGCGCGUCAUCCGUCAAUGAACUCCACCUCACGGCCAAUCAGAUCGACUCGGUCCGAAGCGGGAUGUUCCGGGGGCUUGAGGGGCUGCGUAUGCUGAUGCUGAGGAACAACAAGCUCAGCUGCGUCCACAACGACAGCUUCACGGGGCUACACAACGUCCGGCUGCUGUCCCUGUACGACAACCAGCUGACCACCAUCACCCCCGGGGCCUUCGACACCCUGCAGACCCUCUCCACCCUCAACCUCCUGGCCAACUCCUUCAACUGCGACUGCCGGCUGGCCUGGCUCGGUGACUGGCUGAGGAGCCGGAAGAUCGUGACGGGUAACCCCCGCUGCCAGCGCCCUGGCUUCCUGAAGGAGAUCCCCCUGCAGGACGUGGCUCUGCCGGACUUCCGCUGCGAGGAGGGCCAAGAGGAGUCAAGCUGUGUGCCCAGACCCCAGUGUCCGAGCGAAUGUACUUGCCUGGAGACCGUGGUGCGCUGCAGCAACAAGCACCUCCACUCGCUGCCCAAAGGCAUCCCCCGAAACGUGACUGAACUGUAUCUGGAUGGAAACCAGUUCAGCGUCGUGCCAAAGGAACUGUCUGCCUUCAAAUACCUCCAGCUGGUAGACCUGAGCAACAACAAGAUCAACUCUCUGACCAACUCGUCCUUCUCCAACAUGAGCCAGCUCACCACUCUGAUCCUGAGCUACAAUUCCCUGCGUUGUAUCCCCAAGAUGGCCUUCAGUGGACUCCACUCUCUCAGACUGCUGUCUCUCCAUGGCAACGAGAUCUCGGAGCUCCCCGACGGCAUCUUCAACGACGUGGCCUCACUUUCCCACUUGGCAAUCGGCGCCAACCCCUUGUACUGUGACUGCCGCCUGCGCUGGCUAUCUGACUGGGUGAAGACCGGCUACAAAGAGCCCGGCAUCGCCCGAUGCGCUGGCCCGCAGGGGAUGGAGGGCAAACUGCUGCUCACCACACCGGCAAAGAAGUUUGAAUGUUCAGGAGAUGUGGACACUGCCGUGCUGGCCAAGUGUAACCCCUGUCUGUCCAGCCCCUGUCUGAACCAAGGCAUCUGUCACAGCGACCUGGUGGAGAUCUACAGGUGCAGCUGUCCUCCAGGAUUCAAGGGCAAGAACUGUGAGACGGCUCUGAACGCCUGCGUGAGCAACCCGUGCGCCAACGGAGGGACCUGCCAAGUGAACGAGGAGGAGGAGGGAGAGUACAGUUGCACGUGUCCACUGGGCUUUGAGGGCCCUACUUGCCAAACCAACAUUGACGACUGUGACGACAACGACUGUGAGAACGGAGCGACCUGCGUGGAUGGAGUCAACAACUACACUUGUUUUUGUCCCCCCUACUACACAGGGGAGAUGUGCGAAGAAAUGGAAGACGUGUGUGCCCCAGGAAGAAGCCCCUGCCAACAUCAGUCUACCUGCCUCAUCACCUCCACUGGACCCAAGUGUGUGUGCUCUCCUGGUUAUGUUGGCGACGACUGCAGUUUAGACUACAAUGACUGCGAGGAGCACCGCUGUCAGAAUGGAGCUCAGUGUAUGGACGAGCUGAACGGAUACUCCUGCAUCUGUCCCGAGGGAUACAACGGUCAGCUGUGUGAGGUUCCCCCAUCUCUGCUGUCCCUGUGUGAGCUGGCCGACUGCCAGAACAACGCCCCGUGUGUGGAGCGAGGAGGGCGCGCUCUCUGCCAGUGUCCCCCGGAGUUCGGCGGUCCGCGCUGUGAGAAGCUGGUCAGCGUCAACUUUGUUGACAGGGACUCCUACCUGCUGCUGUCUGACCUCAAGAACUGGCCUCAAGCCAACAUCACCCUGCAGGUGUCAACGGCUGAGGACAAUGGCAUCCUUCUGUACAACGGAGACAAUGAUCAUAUAGCGGUGGAGCUUUAUCAAGGUCAUGUCAAGGUCAGCUACGACCCAGGCAGCCAGCCGGGACACGCCAUCUACAGCACCGAGACCAUCAACGAUGGCCAGUUCCACACGGUGGAGCUGGUGACCUUUGACCAGAUGGUGAACCUGUCCAUUGAUGGGGGGCUCCCUACCACAAUGGACAGCUUUGGGGCAGUGCGGCCCCUCAACGGGGAGGCUCCACUAUACGUGGGGGGUAGGGGCCCUCUCCAGAACACACCUCCCUCCUCUGCAGGCAUGCCGGUGGAUGUACACUCGGGCACUUUCCGUCUCUGGCAGAUCCAGAACGGCUCCAGUUUCCAUGGCUGCAUCCAGAACCUGUACAUCAACAACGAGCUCCAGGACUUCACCAAGACCCAGAUGAAGCCCGGCGUGGUACCGGGCUGCGAGCCCUGCAAGAAGAUCUACUGCGUACAUGGCAUCUGCCAGCCUGAUGGGGUCCAGGGACCGGUGUGCCACUGCCAGCCAGGCUGGAUCGGGCCGCACUGUGACCAGCCUGCUACCAACCCCUGCCAGGGCAGCAAGUGCGUCCAUGGAAAGUGCAUCCCACUGGACGCUCAGUCGUACCGCUGCGAGUGUGUGGAGGGUUACCGCGGGGCGCUGUGUAACCAGCAGGGCGAGCUCUUCAACCCCUGCCGACGCCUGUCCUGCAAACACGGCCGCUGCCAGAUCUCGGACACGGGGGACGCCUACUGUCACUGCGAAAGUGGCUACACUGGAGAGCUCUGUGACGCAGAGUCUGAGUGUCGAGGGGAGCCUGUGCGAGACUUCUACCAGGUACAGCGAGGGUACGCCAUCUGCCAGACAACGCGCAUGGUCUCCUGGGUGGAGUGCACCGGCGCCUGCGACACGGGGGCCUGCUGCACCAGCCAGAGGAUGAAGCGCCGGAAAUACACCUUCGAAUGCAGCGAUGGAACCUCCUUCAGCGAGGAGGUGGAGAAGACCAUCAAGUGCGGCUGCGCGGGCUGCAUGUAGCGCCAUUCGCUCGCAUUUCCCCCGCUGCUGCCGCCGAGCAGAAGAUAGAAAGAGAGAAAGGAAGGAAAGGAAAGAAGGAAGGAGGGAAGAGAGAGGACUGGAGGAAAGCGAGGGAGGGAAAGAAAGAAAGAAAGAGAGAGAGAGAGUAUAAAGAGUAUAUAUAAAACCUCUAUCUAUAUAUUAUGGACAACAAUGUUUGUAAAAUAGGACAUUUCCUCCCCUUCCAAGGGUGUGUGACCUACAGUAACACAGAGAAACCAACAUCACGAGCAACAAUGUAGAAGUGACAACAACGGCAACAAAACCAUUGUACCUGCAACAUUGUUCCAAGGGGUCCAGAGAUUUCAAAGGUGUUGCAUUCAGAGUGAGGCAUCCCUCCAACCCAAAUUACCCAGUGUGAAUUCCCCAUCCAUCUGCGAGGCCUCUGACAGCCUAGCCACCAUCUUACCAUCUUUACUCCGUGGAGGCAGCGAGGACAGUGGGGGUCCAGCCCGGCCGAGGGUGGCGGAGAGAGAGAGACAAAAAAAAAAAAAGAGAGAGAGAGAGAGAAGCGGAGAGCUGGACCGUUCGACAUGGCAAAGCUAUCUUGAGUUGAGCUUGGCUGAGUUACCUGGACUGGGCUGGAUUAUGGUUUGGGCUGAGUUGAGGUUGGUGUAGCGAUUUUCUCCGCCAGGAUACAAGUCCAUCCAUCCACACAUGCACAUGUAGAAGCGAAACAAAGAAAAAAAAGGGUAGGGUUUAGAGCGGCACAUAAUCCGGUGCGGAUGUGGUGGCUUCGAGGCCAGGCGGUCUGGCGUCACAGUUGUUUUGCUGUGAGGUACCGUAACAUAGAAACUCCGUAAAGAUAGAGACUGCACUGACUGGCAGCACUGAAAGCAACCACAGUCAUACACCUCUCUGAAGUACAUCACACAUGCAUGGCAUACAUACAUUUACACACAGUCUUAACGCUUGUCGGAGCGCAAGGGCUCGUGUGGUGCGACUUAUCUAUUCUGUUCGUUCAGCGUUCGACCCGGGCGCUGCAGUGCCCAGAGGUCAUCAGUCCCCCCAGCAUUCAUUGCCUCAGGGUUAGGAUGAUUUGCAUAACCCCCCACCCCCCACCCUCACCCUUCGAGCAGGAGGCUGCUCAGCCCUGCUCCUCUUGAUGCCUGCAGUAUUAAACUUGUGCAAACUGUUGCAUGUGUGGAGAAGAGUUUGCCAACAAAUAUGUAGAGCUUCUUAAUAUCAUUAUAAAUGUUAUUACAAAACAAAAAUGGUUGCAGAAUCAUCUUCUGAUUUUUUUUGUUUGUUUUGUUUUGUUCGGUCUAAUUUCUCAUAUUGAUUUGUUUUUGUUUUUUUGUUAUAUUUUGUUAUAUUUUGUCUCAUGAUGUAACCUAACUCCUUUAGCCGCCCCCCCUCCCCCCAAACCCUUCCCAACAACCCUUUAUAUAGAAAUGCCUAACAGAUUCUAAUAUAUAUAUAUUUGUAUUUCAUUUUGGUAUAGUAUUUUUCUAUGUUAAAGAGUAAGUCUGUUUCUGGAAGCUUUGGGACUGGUGGAAAGGCAUUCAGUUGGUUCCCUAGGUGUUUUUAUUUGUUGAUCUCACUUGCGCCAACAAGGUAAUUAAUGACAUUAAUUGGCCAAAAGUACAGCAGCUGGUUGGCCUUGUUGUAUAGGAGGCAGUAUUGGUCUAGAAAUAUGUUUAAUAUUGUAUAUGUUGUCUUCCAUGUGAAUAUUACAUCUAAUUCAUGAGAGUCUGUGCUUGUUUUUUAUUUAUUUUAUCUAAAGGCGUUUUUUUUUUUUCUUUCUUUUUUCCUGUAGAAAUUGAAAGGCAUAAAUGUUGCUGGCUUUCAGAUAUUUUCAAAAAUUUCAAAAAGACGAAAAAAGGUAAAAUAAUGAAUAAAAAAAUAGCAUAAAAAAUCUGUAAGGUAUUUGUAACAUCACUUAAUAGCGAGUUACGACAGUGUUUUUUUUGCUCCUCUCCGGCUCAGACAUUCCUCAUUUGCUGCAGGGGCCGGAGAGGCCAGAGCUGGGAAUAAGAGACGUCCCCCUCAAAUUGACCUUGUAAUUACCAUACCACACUUAAAGGCUUCUGAUUGUUUUUUUUCAUGUUCAUUUUGUUGAAGUGCUGGGUUGUGAUUUCUACCAUAUUUCUUUUUGAUUUGAGAGAUGUUUCGCCAUAGAAAGAAGGUGGUUUUUUUUCUUCUUUUUUUUUAGUUCAACAAAAGUUAAAGUAGUCAAGCUCAACUGAUCAUAAGCUGCUGUCAAGCCAGAAGAAAAUAGGAUGAAGUUGCUUCUGUGGACAAUGAUCAUCGUAAGAUAAAUCAUCCGAAAUCUGUUCCCAAUAGGCGACCGUGUGAAGCGUUCCGUGCCUGCUACUGACAGAUGAUAAACGAGAGCGGUCCGGACAUUUCAACGUCUGUCAGUUCCGACUGGCUAGCCACGCAACAAAAAAAAAAAAAAAAAGAAAGAAAAGAAGAAGAAAGAAAUGGUGCCAAUUACAGUGAACACAACAGUCAUACCUGAAUGUAUAAAUGUGUAUAGAUAAAUAUGACCUAUGCUUAUUCAUGAAGUGGUAACUUUUAGCUGUUAUUUAGUUUCCAAUGUAAGAUAUAGAAAUCACAUACUGUUCAAUAAGUGACAGUCCAUCAGGAUGGCUUAAGGCAUUGUUCUCCCUGCAGAUUGGGAUUGUGUUUUGUUUUGUUUUUUGUUUUGUUUUUUCCAUUUUGCUGAUCUAAAUGUUAAAAGUCUCUUUAUAGUGUGAAAAGGCUGCAGACCCACGAUCUCAGCCUGGUACAAUGCACACAGAGCUCCUAUUCAUAUUGCUACCCAUGUCGACUUUGUUUUACAUGCUGUUGUUGUGAUCCCAGUGGUGUACAAUAACAAUAAAAGAAGAUCUCAUAAAGGAUACUGAUGAACAGUCACUGUAACUCUUAGGCUGUGUGCCUCGUAAAGGUGCAUCUUUAGUCGAAAAUGUGGCUUUCUUUCCAUGUCUCCUUUCCUUCCUCUGCACUGGUCUGUGCUGGACCGGUGCCUUCAACUUCCUGGUAGACAUCUUAGUGGUGCUUGUGCUAUAUUGAGAUGUAAUUCAGUAAUCUGGUCGCCUGACCAGAGACACAGAUUUUCCAUCCUAUGAACUAUAUACAUAAAUAUGUUAUUGUAAACGACACAAUGUCUCUGUUGUAUUGAACUGGUGCAAAAACUUAAGAAAUAUCCCUGGUUGGGUUCUGUCUAUUUGCUUUUUGUUACAGGAUUGAUGGUGGGAUUAAGCUGAAAAACUCCCAAUAAUGCUGAAUGUAUGUAGUGCCACCGACAAAAUGUUUACCAAACCUCCACUCUUUUUCAUUAAUUAAACUUAAAUGUGUGUGCUUUUA